AUGUUCAAACCUUCAGCCCGGAAUGCAGGCACUAGCCUAAUUCAAGGACAGCAUGCACAUGAUGUGGUGGGAAACCCCUCACAUGUGUUGCUGUGGAUCCAUCUUUUGCUCCAAGCAUCAUCAUCACUAUCCGCUCCACAGCCUACUUCAAAUGAUCUCCAAAGACAGGCUGGCCUUGGCUCAAGGAUAGUUCCUCUUGUUCAAACAGAGGUGCUCGAAGAAGGGCAGCAUGACUCAGAAAGAUCAACCGACGCAAUUUCACCUGUGAUCGCCUCUUGCGCAGAACGCGGCUGGACCUUUACGUCGAAGAAACGCCGCGGCUUUCGCGGUCCCGGGCGUGGAUUGUAUCUACAUCAAUCCUCGUACUGA